CAGCGUUGCGUGGACACAACCUAGCUGUAAUCUGAUUGGCUCAAAAGGUUUUCCAUGAUUCUUCCCACUCCAGUCACCUCUUCAGUGGAGCAGUCCGUUGACAAGUUGGAACAUUUUAAGGGGUCAGUUUCGAUGAGCUGUUUCUUCCAGAGGAGCGGUUUCUGAUGACGCCCUCGGUUGUUUGGGCAUGUGUCCGUCUGCCCUUGUGAAACACGUCAACAGAAAUGAGUGAAGUCCAUUCACCUAUAGAGAUGGACCUGGCUUUUGGAUCAGCCAAGGCCUACGGGUCGUCCAGAAGUAUAGUGAGGAGAAUAGCUACCAGUCUCCCUCUGGGACCCUGCCCCAGGGUUCACUUCCAGCUUUACCCGUACACUGAGGAUGCUGGUCUCCUGAUUGGUGGCAGGAGGCAGAACGGUGUGGUGGCCUCUCUGGCUGAUGUCGCUUUGAUUGACAGGGAUGAGGAGGGCGUUGAAGACCUCUUUGGCAGGCCCAGAUCAGGGGUCCCACCAGGACUUCUAUUUCGGGCCCGUGAGCCUCACCCAAACACAUUAGCCCGUCGGAGGUCACUACCAAGCCUGCAUCAGGAACCUCUUGAUCCCCAGGGGCCCAAAGCCUCCAACGAUGUGGCCAUUCAGAAGAUCAGUGCUCUGGAGACGGAGCUCGCCAAGCUCAGAGCUCAGAUAGCACAAAUUGUGCUGGCUCAGGAAAAGAGCACACAGCCAGCUGCUUCCACAGGGACACCUCCACCUCCCCCUCCACCCUCUGGCACCCUGCCUCCCCCACCCCCACCCCCUCCCCCUCCUCCUCCUCCCCCCCUUCCACCCCCAGGUCUCCAGCGGACAUUUUCUGCCAUUGACUUGAUAAAGGAGCGGAGGGGGAAGAAGUCAGAGGGCCAGACAGUUUUGGAACCAAAGCAAGCAGAGAUCCCCAACAUGCUGGAUGUACUGAAAGACAUGAGCAAGGUCAAACUGAGAUCUGUCAAGAGUCGUCCAGUGGAAGAUGAUGCCAGACUGAAGUCCGAGCCGGUAGAUGCUGCAGCUCUCAUCGCCGAGGCCCUGAAGCGCAAAUUUGCCCACCGCUAUCGACACGACACUGAGCGAGACGAAGGGGACGACUUCGCACUUCCUGUUCCAGAGGUGAAACCUAAAACCCCUACAGCUUUGUUUGGACAGCACAUGUUGAAACAAACUGGAAAAAGGAAGCUGCUGUGAGCCCAAGACGUACUGUGGACACUUUAAAGUGCCUUAUCGACCCUUUGAUACCAGCUGUUCAGAGGAAGAGAAGGGAUUCUGCCUCAGUUUCUCAUAGUGUCAUAUAGUGUUGCAUUCAAUGACCAAUCUGACCAUCCGUUUUUUGCACUUUCAUAACAUAUUAACCCUUUGUUUAUCAAUGUAUGUUUUUCUUUUGAAUGUCUUUCUUUGUGUGGAAAAAGUAAAAAGUUCUGUACAUCACGGCUGCAACUUGAAGAGUCAGCUUUAAAGCAACACUACAGAGUGGUUAGAUGUUAUUGUUGAAUCAUUGUUGCACAAAGCAUCACUGGUCAGGUGUUUAUUCCAGGUGUGUAGGUGUCUGUGAAUGCUGUGGAGAGCUGAGCACUUUCUUACUUGUGGAAUAGUGUGCUGUAUUUUGUAUAAUAUAUAUUUUGAAGACCUGUAGACUAAUUUAUGAUCAGGAUGCCUCUAUUUAUGUUUCGGUUUGAGUAGAUGACUAUGAUUUUAACACAGGGAAUGAUGUUUAGAGUUAUCUGUUAUCAACUACAGCCAGGUUUUAAACUGUUUGUCCUUUUUUUGCAUUCACUUUGUUUGAGUUGCGUUCCAGUUGCCAGUCUUGCCCAGAUCUUUAUACUCGUUCAGAUAUUUUCAACCCAAUUUUAUUUGAGAUCUUUCAGUCUUGAGUUUUGUGUUGAAGAGCCAAAGACAUUCCAGUAACUUAAACUGCCAAAAAGUUUCCGCUUUAUGUUUGUCAUGUAGGAUGUAAUUUAAUAGCAAUAAAACAUAUCAUGUUGAGCAGAGUCAUAUUUCUGGUUUGUGGACGGUACAGGCACAUGUGAAAUGUUGCAUUCUGAUGACAUUUGUCUUUCGUCACUAAACAACUCUCCCAGAACUUUAGAGCCGCAGAUAAUGAUCAGUGGAGAAAUACUUCAUGGUCGCUGUCAAAUCUGAAGUGACAACAUAUUUCAGUCAUAAGUCCUGUCAUCAGUGUCCCAAAGGUUUCAUGAUGCUUCUGUGCCAGUAAUCACAUUUUUAUACCUCAGUAUAAAAAUGUGUCUCAGUACAUGUCGCCUCCUUGAAAGGACAGAAGUGUAUAUGUGAUGUUUUUCACGCAGUAUUUUGUUUAAAAUGACUGAUGGUACACUGUUUCUCUAUAAAAUCAUAGUUGCUGCUUCAGGAGUACUCUAGUGUUACCUUUUAUAAACAAGGGAAUGUGGACGAGGAGUGUUUGUAGUCAUAAAUUGAUUUAAAUUUACUAUUCAAGAGUCGUCUUCCAUAAAAUGUUAUCUUGUGUUGUCAAAUUUCUCAAUAAAAGUUUAUGGUAUGUCCCGA